AGAGAGAGAGAGAGAGAGAGAGAGAGACUGACAUCAUCUUGAUUCCUUCUCUCUCUUCUGGGCAUUGCUGGGUUGGUUAUCAGCUUGGGUUUUCGUUUUCCCCCACUACAUUGUUACAUCUGUCAUGAUGAAGGUUUGUUGGCCUUACUUUGAUCCUGAAUUUGAUAAUCUCCCAGAGAGGAUAUAUGGUCCCCCCUGUAGAGUUUGCAUUGACAACGAAAGCAUGGAGGAUUGCACCGUGAUCAAGGUAGAUAGCGUGAACAAGCAAGGCAUCCUCCUGGAAGUGGUGCAAGUGUUGACAAACAUGAACCUCACCAUCUUAAAGAGCUACAUUUCCUCUGACGCUGGCUGGUUCAUGGAUGUAUUUCAUGUUAAAGAUGAGCACGGAAACAAACUUAAAGAUCAGAAUGUGAUUAACUAUAUCCAGCAGGCCUUAGGUACAGUUAGGGAAAGCGAAAACACUGUCAAGGCCAAGGCCUGCAGCAAUGACGUUUUCAACUCCGAGCAACCAAGUGAGCACACCGCUAUAGAAAUGAGUGGAACAGAUCGGCCAGGUCUUUUUUCCGAGAUAUCGGCUGCCCUAGCUGACCUCCACUGUAACGUUGUGGAGGCACAUGCGUGGAGCCACAAUGCUCGUUUGGCUUGCGUAGCUUACAUCUCCGAUCAGUCCACUGACACCCCAAUCUAUGAUCCCCACCGCCUUGCCACCAUCGAGGACCACCUCACCACCGUGCUUCGAGCCACCACUACACCAAUACAAAGUGGGUUCGACACGACCAGCCCACAAGAAGUGAAGACUGCUGAGUUCGUCGAAGGCACCAACAUGGCUGAUGUGGAACGCAGGUUACAUCAGCUUAUGCUUUCAGUUGGGGACUUCGACGGGCCCCCGUUUGAGCCAAUGAGCACAUCACCACCGCCACCAGGGUCAGACGGUGACGAAGAGGGAAGAAAGACCGUGGUCUCCAUUGAGAAUUGUCACGAGAAAUGGUACUCCAUCGUGAGCAUAGAAUGUAAAGACAGGCCAAGGCUCAUGUUCGACACGGUGUGUACGCUUAUUGAUAUGGAAUACGUGAUCUUCCAUGCUUCCAUUACUUCUCGUGAAGGUAGAUCAUUCCAGGAAUACUUCAUAAGACAUGUAGACGGAUAUGCUUUGAGUACAGAGGGCGAAAAAGAUAGAGUUAUAAAAUGCUUGGAAGCAGCUAUAGAACGCCGGGUUUGCGAGGGAGUUCGAGUCGAGCUGAGUGCAGAGAACAGGGUAGGGCUUCUGUCGGAUAUAACUCGGCUUCUGAGGGAGAACGGUCUCACAGUGGUUAGAGCAGAUGUAGAAACCCAAGGAGAAAAAGCAGUGAACGCUUUCUACGUGAGAGACAUAUCGGGGAACGAGGUCGACGUCGACAUGGACUUCGUGGAGUCAGUGAAGAAAGAGAUGGACGUGAUAGACCUUGAAGUGAAGAAUGAUACCAUCAGACGACCGCGAGCUUCUUCGUCCUCCUCCCCGAGGCCAUCACCUGGCCUGUUCUCUCUUGGAGACGUUCUCAAGUCUCAAAUCGAACGCUUCUCUCACAACUUUAUUCCUAUCAAGUGAAAAACCCUUGUAAAUAUACGUAGGCAGUUAAACAAAGAAAACAAAGACAGGCUCAUUCUUACACUCCUAGCUAGGAAUGUAAAUGAAGUAAAAGGAUUCAACAAAUUUGUAUAGCCAUGUAUAUGCAAAUUGGACUGUUUCUUUGGAAAACGGUGGUUUUGUAUAUAAAAAAAAAAUACACAUAUUUCCAUGUUUUGAAUU